AUGACAAAUGAUGCCAACAUUGUUUUCGAAUGUUCCAACCAAGAAAAAAUUAAAGAACUGCAAUCAAGCUUGGGGAAAUUGUUCCAAGACAGUACUUUGGAAUGCUCUACAUGGACAAAAAAAACCGCUGAAAUGCCGUGUCACCUUGUGCUCCCGGACGAUGAACCUGAAAACAAAGAUGACAGUUCCUCCUUUGAAAUAUUAAGUGAAUCUGAUAGUUGUCGUGUGGCAACUUCCCUUUGCCUUGAUCUCCAAACUGAAGAUCCUAAAGAAAAUACUAUAAUGGAGCUUCGAUGUUACGUAAUGGAAGUUAAACAGUUUAAUUCAGAUGGUCAUGCAUUAUGGUCUCUCGGGGAUUAUUUCGAAAUCAUAUCAAAGGAGGAAUCUGAAAAAGACUACGAUGAUCGGAUCGGAUAG